AUGCGAGCCGGAGUUCGCYAACGACCCAUCACUAGUACURCGCGGUUUGACUGGAACAGCAAACUGUUCAUCAACARAGAGGAUGAGCAGCUCGGAGAGGUGUCCUGGAUCUCCUGGUUCUGUGGCCUGAGGGGGAAUGAGUUCUUCUGUGAGGAGGACUACAUUCAGGACAAGUUUAACCUGACAGGGCUCAAUGAGCAGGUGCCUCACUACCGCCAGGCCCUUGACAUGAUCCUGGACCUGGAGCCAGAUGAGGAGCUGGAGGACAACCCCAACCAGAGUGACCUGAUAGAGCAGGCAGCAGAGAUGCUGUACGGGCUGAUCCACGCACGCUACAUCCUCACCAACAGAGGCAUCGCUCAGAUGCUGGAUAAGUACCAACAAGGGGACUUUGGCUAUUGCCCAAGAGUGUACUGUGAGAAUCAACCCAUGCUUCCUAUUGGUCUGUCAGACAUCCCUGGUGAGGCGAUGGUGAAGCUGUAUUGUCCAAAGUGCAUGGAUGUGUACACCCCCAAGUCCUCCCGGCACCACCACACGGACGGGCCUACUUUGGGACAGGCUUCCCCACAUGCUAUUUAUGGUGCACCCAGAGUACCGGCCAAAACGACCUGCCAACCAGUUUGUGCCAAGGCUUUAUGGCUUCAAGAUCCACCCCAUGGCUUAUCAACUGCAACUCCAGGCUGCCUCCAGCUUCAAGAGUCCUGUGAAGGCUAUUCGCAUAGACACUUACACACCCGGCCGGGAAAGAGACAUUUUGACUUGGUUGGAAUGGAAGCAGUGGAUUAUGUAGCUCAAUAAAGGCUUGUUAAAAACACAUUAUGACAGAUAAAAUACAUACAUGUAGAUCGGGGAUGAGAAACUCCAGUCAGCAGUGGUGUCACACUUACCCCAUUCCUAGCAAACACAGCUGAUUAAACKCAUUGCAUUCUAAACUGAGGAUCAUGAUUAGUUAAUUAUUGGAGUCAGUUGUGUUAGCUGCAGCAAAAAUAUGACAACAAUCAGGCCCCAGAAGGACUGGAGUUGACCAUCCCUGGAUGUCCGGACCAGGCCAUCAUCUGUCUGUUACACAGAAUGCUCUUUGGUGAUUGGCUCUAGCCUUUAGCCUAUCAUAACCCUACUGACUACAAUCUUGCAACUCUUCCCCUCUCCUUGACAGAACCCAAUCUUUCAAACCUUUUUUCAGUUUSGCUCGCUAAGGCAGGGUCCUGAGCCCCCCCCCCCAGGUGCACGUUUUGGUUUUUGCCCAAUUCUUGUCAAAAGAGCUGAUGUGAUUGGUCAGAAUUGGGCAACCUGUGUGAGCGCAUGCUAAUACCUGUUUUCACACUAUCAUGCCGACCUGCACCGUAUUGGGCUGACUCGGAUACAUUCUCCAUGGUGUCCUUUCCCGCAUGGUUCCAUGUAACUUGGCAGUGUGAAAAGGGUGAUAUACAACAAUCUUCAAUGAUUAUUCAUAUCCAGAUGAUUGGCUGAGAAUCCAAAUAACAACCGGUUUGAUAUGUAUUAUAGAUUCCCUAGAGAAUGGAUGCUGCACAAAUUGAAUUMAAGARAGAGUWUAUUAGAUGUAUAUGUUCUCAGGGUGAAGGGCAACAUGGGUCUGCUUUGUGCUGACAUAAAAUACCAGUGCUGGAACACUCACUGUCCCAAAGUGAAAAUGGCCGGGCCACUUAAGCCAUCARUAGUUGUAAACAUGUCCGUGACAGAGCAGUUGUCUCUUGACUGGACACUGAGACGCAUGGUUUCUCUUGCAUUGGUCUGUUACAAUAUGAAGUGGUAUUGAACACACAGGUGGAUGUCUUUCAUAUUGAUAACCUGCAGCUACAACUAGUUUACAUUAUGGUACUACAUUUUACAUGAAAUAUUUGUUUCUUUCAGUCUACAAUUCCAGUGGUAAAGCUAUUAUUGAUUUUCUGAAUUCUGUAUGCAAGCAUCUGGAAUUAAAAAUGUAAUAAAAUUGUAUUUCUUACAA